AUGGACAACACCACAGGCACUCCCUUGUUCAUUGCACAAGAGACUCUUUGCUACUAUCCUAUCAGUACCGUCUACAAUUCGUGUCCCCGAUACCUAUUCUAUGCCCUUCUUUUGGCUACCUGUGUGACUCGAUGGACAGGAUGGGUCAUGAACGUGUUCCUCGGAGCUGCGGCGACAUAUGCUGGGACCGCAGCAAUUCAGACCUUCGUCAUGGUCUCUAGUCACCAGAAGCCACAAGACCCUGGGCUUGUCACUAUCCCAUAUCUGCCUGCCAACACCAGCCUGCAAAACGACUUUUCAUCCUUGAUCACCGAGACCGACCAUGUGAUGGUCUCGCCCGCAUCAUUCGAGCUUGACGCAGAUGCCGUUCUCGCAAUUGUCGUCACUGGUUAUCUUGUCUUUCUGCCCCUACAAUGCUGGUCCCGAAUCCUGACUCAUGACCGAGCAAGGAACCUUUUGUUCUAUAUAUGGCACGCUCUGAUGCUGGCCGGUACUAUUUGUGCCCUCGUAUAUGCGGGCAGAAAGUCGAAAACACCCCCUCAGUACAUGUUUUGUUUUCCGGAUCUCCCACCUUUCAGUGACACAACCAAUGAUGGCUGGCAAGCCUCGUGGAGGACAUCCACAUGGAACAAUAGUGUGUGGGACACAUUUUCGAACAUGACGCGGUGGGGCCAAUUAGGAGACAUUUGCUUCAAUCCCUGCUUCAAUUCGAGCCAAAUUUUACGACAACCGACCGCCUUGCAUUCAGUCGCUGAAUCAGGAGACUUUGAGGUUAAAGCUAGUCAUGGAUUCUUGGAAAAGGUCAUCUACUCCAAACGAUACAUCUAUAGUCUUAUCACUCUGUGUCUGAUCCUCAAUGUACUGCUCUUGACCUAUCGGUUCCUUCCCUACAGAUCCCGGAUCCCAUCAGCACAAGUCAUGGUCAUCUGGAAACAAAGAAAGGCUAUGUGGAGGAGUUUUAAAGAAGAUUUUAUUGCUGGAACGACGCCACCAAUCGACCGGGAUGGCAACCAACAAGACCUAACACCGACAACCAAAAGAAUCAGGGUCUGGCGCCGUAUAAGAUUCAUCUUCCAUCAUCAGUCUCUCAAGAAACUUCUGCAUUUGCUUGUGGACGUUGCCAUUCUCUUCGGCAUUCUCUUUAGCAUGAUUGUGAGCCCAUUCACUAUCAUUGCCUUCGUGAUUUGGAUAGAGAUCCAAAUCUAUAACGAUGGGCCCGAACAGGAGAGUCCAAGUCAGGUUGGUCAAUGGGCGUAUCCUGCCUCCAUUGGUCUACUGAUGAUCUCAGCGGCAAUCAUGGAGCUCAAACAUCGAAUCGCGUCGUCGGCUGAGUUGGAAAAGCAGAUGUCGGAGCUAAGGGAACAGCUGGAAGACUUGGAGAAAUUGAAAGAAGCACGAUCGGGCUCUGACUCGAUCUUCCUCAGGUCCUCGGGCGACCAGUCCAAGGCCAACUAG